AUGUCAGGACAUCACCGCAUCACUCUCGCUGCCAACCCCCCCUACUUCGAUGGCGACAAGUCCAAAUACCUGGGCUUUGUGGACGCGUGCACCACUUACAUUGGUGCCUAUCGGUCAGAGUUCUCGCGGGACGAGACGAAAAUCCUCUUCGUCCUGUCCUACCUCCGCAAUGAGAGCGGCACAAGCUGCGCCGCCUCAAGAUGGGCGAUGAACUGGAAGCAGCACAAUUUCGAGGGCUUCCAAGGACUAAAGGCGGGAGUCACCGCGACAAGCUUCUUGGAGGAGCUUCAGAGGGCCUUUGGGGAUUCUAACGCAGAGCAAGUCGCUGCCGCCCGACUCAUGGCCCUUCGCCAGGGCAGACGGUCCUUCGCGGACUACAUCUCUGACUUUGAAAUGCUGGCUGCGGACGCGGGGUACAACGUAGUCGCCUCGACCGAUGACAAGGGCGAGUACAAGAAGGGGGAUCAGGACAACAUCCUCAUCGAGUUCCUCGAGCGCGGACUCAGCAGCGAAAUUGCAAGCCGCCUCUACAACACCGGCGUCCCCCUGCCCAAGGCAUAUGGUGCCUUCAAGAACUGGUGCGUCAACAUCGAGGCCAAUGCCUUGCGCGAUCAGCUGCGUAAGGCAUCCUAUGCGCACUCAACUCCGCGGCCCCCGCCCCAAUUCCGCCCUCAGGCUGCACCAUCAGCACCUACACCCGCUCCGGCCCGACCAGCGGCCAAUGAGCCGGUUCCGAUGGAGAUCGAUCGCACCCACGCCCGUGGCCGUAAUAUCAUCUGCUACAACUGUCAGCAGCCUGGGCACAUUGCGCGGAACUGCCCUGAGCCCAAGAAGAAGCGCACGUUCUUCAAUCGGGCCACAAUGCUAGAAGAGAUCGAGAACGGGGACAAGGACAACGAGUUCCUGAAGGAGAUCGCCGAGAAGCUGCGCGAGAAGGGUUUUUGA